ACACAGCGUGUGGGGGGCCACAAAGACGGGCGAGAUUUGGGGACCUGCAGAUAUUCUCCCUCAGCCCCUACGUGGUGAACGUGACGGUGGUGAACCCCCUGGGCACUGCCUCCAGCCUCCUGCCCUUCCUCGUGGAUGAUGUCAUAAAGCCAGACCCUCCUGAGGACCUGCGGGUCUCACCCAUCCCUGGGGAGCCCACGAAGCUGCUGCUGGAGUGGAGCCCACCAGGGUCCUGGCCCUUCCCGGAGCACUUCCCACUGAAGUACCACAUCCGUUAUGCCCAGGAGGGCUCUGUCACCAAAACGAUCGGGCCACACGAGCGCACGUCGUACACCCUGACGGGACUGCGCCCCGGGACCCUCCACCACAUCCAGGUGGCCGCCAAAGCUGCCACGGACUCCGGGGAGCUCAGCGCCUGGAGCCUGCCGGCCCUGGGGACACCCCGGGAGGAGCCGUGA